GAAGUCUACUUUUGGAUUACCGAUAAUUUGACUUUAUAAAAGGCACGCACUGGUCGUUCGAACGCACCAGACUCUCUCUCAAAAUGUACAAGUCCAGUAUCCUUAUUGUCGGUCUGUGUUUAGCUGUGGUGGCCUCGGCCAGCCCGAGCUGGCGGGGGCGUAUCGCCGGAGGAACCGAUGCCGGUGCCGGCCAAUUUCCGUACAUGGUGUCGUUGCGUGAUUCGCAGUUAGUUCACUUCUGCGGCGGAGCAAUCCUGAACAACCGAUGGAUCAUCACGGCUGGUUCCUGUGCUGUGGGCCGAGUUCCAGCUGACGUGACAGUGCUGACUGGUAGCCUGAGUCUGACGGAGGGUGGAACCAACCAUCAAGCCGAUCGGAUUGUUAUUCAUCCUCAGUUCGACGAGUCUACUCUGGUGAAUGAUGUCGCUGUAAUGCGGACGCGAACACCGAUCGUUCUGAACGGGGACACUUUUGCUCUUCGGAUGGCCAGCAACUAUUUGUCGAUGGGUUACGGUGCUCUGAUUUCCGGAUGGGGACGUCAAGCGAUCGACAGCCCAGAGUUCCCGGAUCGGUUGCAAUACAUCACGACGACUGUGAUCACACAUACGGAAUGCAGCAAUCGGUUCGAGCCUCCGUACGAUCAGCGAAUUGUGGAGAGUGUGAUAUGUACUGCGAACGUUGAGGGCUUCGGAGCAUGUCUGGGAGAUGCUGGAUCACCGCUGGUUUACAACGGUGAACUGCAUGGCGUCGUAUCAUGGGGAAUCCCUUGCGGAAUGGGUCAUCCGGAUGUGCAUUCUCGUGUCACCAGCCACAGGCCGUGGGUCCUCGUACACACUAUGGUUUGAGAAAGCAAAAAAGAAAAAAAAGAUUAGGUAAUUGCAACGUUUAGGUCAAAGAGAAUAAACGUGUAAAUCGAACUGUG